UCAUCGGGUUCAAAUAUGGACCCAAAACACAAAAGACUGCUCCGAUCUCAGCGGCUUUUUCUAGCCGAGGAGCUUUUAGUGGACGACAUGAUCAUACAGUAUUUAUACCAGGAAGAGAUCUUAACGGAGAGUCAUUUAGAGGAGAUUAGAUCGGAGUCGUCUAACAGGAAAAAAACGCUCAAGCUGCUGGAUAUUCUGCCCACGCGGGGUUCGCACGCCUUCCAUCGCUUUAUUCAGUCAUUAGAGAAAGAUUUUCCCUGGAUCAAAGACAAAUUACUGGGACUUUGUGCUGAAGACAGCGAGCCUCCUCUUCCGUGCUUCUCAGUUCAGUGUGGUGUUCCCGACCACAUCCUUCCGACUGUUCCAACCUCGCAGCAUCUGAACCGCUUGGCCGCUCAUCUCGGUUCAGAGUGGAAGUCUGUGCUGCUGGACCUGGGUCUGUCCUCAGCAGAUCUGUACCGCUGCUGUGCUGACCAGCCCCUCUCGGUUCAGAGUCAGGUGCUCGCUGGGCUGGUGAUGUGGACGCAGAGGAACGGAAGAGAAGCCACGGUGCGGCGGCUGCUCCAGAGCCUGCAGGCCGCAGACAUCCCGCCAUCUGUCCUCCAACAGGUGUUUGUGUGACAUCACAAGUUGUGUUUUUCUGGACUUCAUGCUGCUCUUGAGCUGUGGAAAACACGACAGACACUGAAGGAGGAGAAACACAGUGUCCUUGCAUAACUUUUUGUUACAGGAAUCUACUGAAACUUCAUU